AUGGUCGAGCUAGAGCAGAAAGGAGGCGUUUUUAUUCUCUCCAUCCCUCACGUCUUCACAGUUCCUUUAAUUCAAGAAGUUCAUAGAGCCCUUGACACUGUAGAAAAGCAUGACGGUCCCACUGCUCUUGUAUUCCGCUCCACACAUCCAAAUAUUUUCCACGCAGGAAUGAAUAUUAAACUACUACAAAAAGAAGGCCCUGAGGAAUUUUUCAGAAUUUAUGAAAAUCUUCAAAAACUAUGUGCAAGACUCCUCAGUAUUGGUCUCCCUACAAUAGCAGCUUGUAAUGGCCCUGUAGUCGCAGGAGGGUUCAUUUUCUUGGGAGCAAUAAGUUAUGUGGUAUCCUCCCCUACUGCAUUUUUCUCUAUGACAGAAUUGAAACUAGGUAUGGUUGUUGAGAAGAGCGGCUAUAUGAUUUUAAGAAGUAAAAUGGAUGAGAGAACAAUUAGGGAUAUUGCACUUUUGGCUCAUAAAUAAAAUAAUUUAUAUGACAUUUUUAUUAAAAAAUUUAUAAUUAAAAAUCAUGAAGCACUUUUUGGUAGAAGAAUAGAGGCUGAAGAAGGUUUAAGACGAAAAAUUAUUGAUGAAAUUGUGCCAAAAGAAAAAGUCUUAGAAAGAGCAAUAGAACUAGCUAAUGAAUUAGCACCUCUUGGAGAAAGAAGAGAAGUCCACCAAUGCAUAAAGCAAAGCAUGUAUAAAGACAUUAUAGAGUCUGGCGUGCAUGCUUCUUACCCUGACGAAUUCAAAGUUCAUGUAAGAAAUGCAUUUAAUCUCCCAAAAUUAUAA